AUGGAAAUCCCACAGCCGGUCCUCAAAGCCGUCGCCGUGGCCCUCUCGAUCGGCAUCCUCAUCGAGCUCGUCGUCCUCGCGAACAUCUCCAGCUGGUAUCGCGAGAAUCGCAUGAGCUGGAAGCCCGACACGGGCCGCGCCGUCGCCGCCGACGACGACGACGAUGACGGCGAGACUCGCCAGGAGUCUCUCCCUUCCCAGCGAGACACUCGGAUGCCGCCGGUAGACCACACGAUCUGAAUGCGCGCCGCGGUUCUUUCGGUCAGUCGUCAGCUUCGUCAGCUUCGCCCAGUCCUUUCGUCUUCCAUCGGGCCAGCGAGCGCUCCGACGCGCGGUACAUGCUCCCAUGAGACGCGACACCCGCAACAUCUCUUGUCAUGAAGGAAGCACAUGCCAAUACAAGUGAGGUGCUGGGUACGUGGAAUGCUGUGAUACGGACUUGGCAAUGGCUAAAGGACUGCCAGCUGUAUGAAAUAGGACGCCUGAGUUUCUGAGUCGUUGAACCAACUUUUUACGAGCACGAGAUACUCCCCCUUAAGUAGCAAGUUACGGGAUACCAUCACACACUAAAAAAGGACGAACCCUGUCCCCUUUUAUGAGAAAACUCUCUUCGCAUAGUGACCAUGUGCUUUGUACAUUUGCAAUAACUUUUGAGCUCCAUCCGCCGUCUAGGGUAUGACCACACACGCGCGCACACGCCUCCCAACU